UUUGACCAGCCACUGCAGCUUCCUCCUGCUUGGGCUGAGGAGGUCUCUGUGCAUUUGAAAGCUGGAGGAACAGCCGGGUCGACUUGAGUGGUUCCCUUUGAUGAAUGAGAGAUCAAAUGGCUGAGUCUUGUGAAUACUUCAUUUCUGCUCUAGGGCUGUGUACAUUAUGCACGUUCUCCUUACUGCCGGGCUCUGAUAUCUAAGGACUUUGUCAUUACCCAAGACAAAAACGUGGAGGAAGGCCGAUCUGCCCUUGAACUUGUGGAAGUCAUGCCUCUUGGCUCAGAACUCUUCAGGGACGUGGCCAUAAUUUUCUCCCAAGAGGAAUGGGAGUGCCUCGAGCCUGUUCAGAGGGAUCUGUACAGAGACGUGAUGCUGGAGAACUACAGCCAUCUGGUUUCUCUGGGUCUUACCAUAUCCAAACCUGAUGUGAUAUCCAUCCUGCAGCAAGGAAAGGAGCCCUGGAGAGAGGAAGGGGGAACAACAGGAGGCCUGUUUUCAGCAUUGGAAUCUGGGGACGGUACCCAAAUACCCUCAAAUGAACCACAGUGGGGGAUAACGCGAAACCUUCCAAGCUCCGGUCUUGAGAGCUCCAGUUUCCAAGACGACUGCAAAGGCCAAGGCCUAUUUGACAGACAAGCGGGAAAUCCAGACGGAACUUCCAGGCCUGGGUUAAAGAGUCAUGAAGAAAUGCCCACUUUAAACCGGCAAGCGUCCCUUUCUUUUUACCAGACAAAGUCCUGUAGAUCCAAUAAACGCAAAAAAGGCUUGUGGCAAGAGGAAUUGCAUAUUAAUGGAGGAAUUCCUACUAAUGAGAAGCCCUACAAAUGUAGGGAGUGUGGGAAGGCCUUUAAAUAUGGCUCUCGACUAGUCCAGCAUGAGAAUAUUCACUCUGGCAGGAAGCCGUACGAGUGUAAAGAAUGUGGAAAGGCCUUCAAUUCCGCCUCAAAUUUCAUACAGCACCAGCGAGUUCACACAGGUGAGAGGCCUUACGAAUGCAAAGACUGUGCUAAGGCCUUCAGUCGAAGCUCACAGCUGAUUGAGCAUCGGCGAAUCCACACUGGGGAGAAACCCUAUCAAUGUACGGACUGCGGCAAGGCCUUCAACCGGAUCUCCCAUCUCAAAGUCCAUCACAGAAUCCACACCGGCGAGAAGCCCUAUGUGUGUAAGCAGUGUGCGAAGGCCUUCAGCCACAGGGCUCAGUUGCUUCAGCAUCAGACUGUCCACACGGGCAAGAAGCUCUUUGAGUGUAAAGACUGUGGGAAGACCUUCAAUCAAGGCUCCACUCUUAGCCGACAUCAGAGGAUUCACAGCGGGGAGAAGCCCUACGAGUGCCAGGCCUGUGGCAAGACCUUCCGAGUGAACUCCCAGCUCAAGCAACACCAGAGAAUUCACACGGGAGAGAGACCCUACCAGUGUAAGGUUUGCAGUAGGGCCUUCCAGCGGAUCUCACAUCUCACAGUGCAUUCCAAGAUCCAUUCGGGCGAGAGGCCGCGUGCUUGUAAGGUGUGUGGAAAGGCCUUUAGCCAUGGCUCACAACUCAGUCAACAUCAGGUGAGCCAUUCCAAGGAAAGGCCCUGUGAGUAUAAAGGACGGGGGAGCAGCCUAAGUCACGAUCAGAGACUGCGCAGUAGAGGAACCCGUGUGAACAAAUAAACGCAGAAAAGCCGUCCCCCGGCACUUACCUACUGUUAAUCACCAGGGAAUUGGUGCUCGCAAGAAACCGCAUGAAGGGACCCUUUGGCUUAGGGUAGUCACAGCUUGUGCGUCUUGGAGAAAGGGAAAUUAAAUGUACCGCAAAUGGGAUGCCACUGCUGAGAGUUUUCUAAAUCAAAAAACAGGGGAAGGUUGGAAAUCAUUUUGUCUCCCAACACAUCCCAGAAUCUAGUCAUGGGAUGUUAUUGUUGUUUUGAGACAUGGUCUCUCUAUGGAGCCUUUGGCUGGCCUAGAAUUUGCUAUGUAAACCAGGAUGGCCUCGAACUCCUAGCAAUCUGCCUGCCUCUGCCUUCUGAAAGCUGGGGUAUUAAAAAUAGUGUGUGCCACCGCACCCAGCUUUAGUCACAGGAAGAGGAAGCCAAUGGGUUAACAAUGCAGUAAAUCCUGCAGACACCAGGAGUGACGACAGAAAGAAUGAUGGAUACUUUUACAUGCUAAGAAAGGAAGACAUGACGCUAUCCAGGCCGUGGUGACACAUGCCUUGAAUCCUACUACUUGGGAGAUAGUACCUACAGGAUCUCUAGGAGUUCCAGGCUAGCUGGCUACCUACACAGUGAGACCCUGUCAUAAAACAAAACUAACCCCAGCCCCGAAAGCUAUAUCCAGGGGAAUUAAAAGAAUUUUAUACAAA